GAAGCAAAAAUAUACAGUCGAAUGUUUCUAUCAUUUAAAUUACAAAUUACCGAAAUUUAAAUAAAAGAAGAAGCUUGUGAAUAAAUGUAAAUCACCAAAAUUUUCUAGUAAUUGUAUAGUAAUAAUAUCCGAUUUAUUAACGUACAAAGUUCACCGAUUUGAUUACGUACAAUUUAACUGCAGUCGGUGGGACGGAGGAAAUGGGAUAGGAUAGAAAGAAGACACAGUAAAGUUUCUACAACUGAGCUGAUACGAUGUGGACGGAUGUAGUUUACGUCACACUGUUGUUAUUUUGUGUAUUCGUCGGGUUUUAUUAUCGAAAAAUAGAAGAUCCAGAGGUGAAGAAAUGGACCGGCACGUUUAUUGGCAUCCUAUUAACAGGAGUUGUCUCAGGAAGUUAUAUACUUUUUCCUUUGAUUUUUUCUCUGAUUAACGCUAUUAUUAUAACCAACAUCUCACCAAAGAAAUCUCAUAUUGUCAGCUUUAUUUUUUCAUUCUUCUUUCUACUUGUUAUAUCUCGAUUAGGGGAUUAUAUUGGUUUACCAGUACCAUCAACUCAUACAAAUCUCAUACUGAUGAUAUUAACACUAAAAUUAUCUGGACUAGCGUUUGAACUAAAUGCAGCUAUUAAUCCUCCAGCUGAUGAUCCAGAAGGAGUAGAUAAUGAAGCAAUAAAGAAUGUUGGAUUUUUAGAUGUUUUUCAUUAUGGUUUUGGCUAUAUGGGACUUUUGACUGGACCAUACUAUCGAUAUAGAACAUAUUGGGAUCAUCUAUAUAGGCCAUUUUCUAAAGUAGUAGAUCCAUGGCCUGUCACGCUAUACAAACUGAAACAAACUGCAUUCUUUGUUGUGCUAUUCUUCAUAAUGAAUUACUGCUAUCCCGUCAGAUAUAUUUUAACAGAAGAAUAUGCAGAAAGAUCUUUCCUCUAUAGACACUUAUAUAUGUAUCCUACAUUCGUCCUUUUUCGAAUAAGAAUGUACAUUGGAAUGGGUUUAGCAGAAUGUGGGUGUCAAAUGGCUGGACUAGGAGCAUAUCCUACUAGAUGUAAGCCUAUACAAGGACUAGGUCCCAAAGAUUAUAAAACAACAGAAACAUUAGCUAAAACACCUGAGAAACUGGAGAACGAGGAAUUGGAUUUUGAAACUGUAUAUAAUAUGAAUGUUUGGAAAUUAGAAAAAUGCAAUUCGACAAGAACAGCUAUGAAAACAUGGAACAAUUGUGUUCAAUAUUGGUUUGGUGUUUAUAUCUAUAAACGACUGCCAAUGAAAAAUAUGCGAGCUCUUUUAACCCUAUUACUUUCUGCUGUUUGGCAUGGUUGGUCAGCUGGCUAUGCUGUUUGCUUCUGUCAGAUUCCUCUUUUUCUGUUAUCAGAGGACAUAUUCUACAAAUUUUAUCAGCAAGCCGCUGAAAACAGUAUCGCCAGAAAAUUAUGGUAUUUGCUAGGAUGGUAUGAGAAAACAACUUGCAUGGCGUAUUUGGGAAUAUCAUUCUUAGUAUUAGAUUUCAAAGAAACUCUAGCUUACUACAAACUUGUAUAUUUCUCUGGUCAUAUCAUAGCACUUACGUUAUACAUUGCAGCUCUUUACUGCAAAUUGUAUAUUUUCAAGAAGCCUACAGGAGAUAAGGAUAAAGAUAAAUAGUCUGUAAAUCUAUUGCAUUAUAUAUAAAUUUUCGUGUCUUUCAUGCUCGAGUUGAUAUAGAAAUAUCUAAAUGACACGUGUAUUAUAAUACGCUUCGCAUAACUAUACGCAUCAAGUCAUUUAAAGAUCACUAGCAUAGCGUAAUAUUAAAAUAUCUUUUAGAAUAUUACAUCGUUUCCCUUUAAUGUAAACGAUAGAAAAAUUUAUUGAUAAUCAUAAUUAAGAAUAAUCAUAUAUGAUUACAAUUGAAAUGCUUGUCAAAAAAAUGUAAUAUAUUUUUUGUUACUAUUGUUAAAUUAUUCGACUUGUAGGAUAACGAAGAUUUUAGAUUUACACUAUUUAGAAAAAAGAACGAAAAAUUAUCUUUGGAUAAUUAGGUUUUAAAUUUUCCAUUGAUACAAGUGAGGAAUAAAAAGUUCUAUUUCUUCGACAAGAA